AAAGUGCCCUGGGCUGGGGAGAAUGUGGUUAGGAAGUGUGAGCGGACUUCUGAACUCUGAGUAGUUCUCAGUUCUGUAACCUUCGCCUCCCACUGGGUGGAGUAGGGCUUUUAAGAGCAGCUGGAAUGCAGUUCCCCAGAUCAGUGUAGCCAGUUGUUGCCUGUCUGAACUUCUGCCAGUCCUGGAGAGGUGCUCUGAGCUCAAACCAGCCGGCCUUGCUCUGCACUCCUCACCGCUGUCCCCACUGGAGCAAGAAGAACGUUCCCACCUGUCCAGCCAUGGGGGAGGACGCUGCACAAGCUGAAAAGUUCCAGCAGCCGGGUUCUGGCUUGCGGCAGGAGAGGCCAGCCAGCCCCAGCCCAGUGCCUUCCUCCACACCAAGCCCCAGCCUGAACCUGGGGAGCACAGACGAGGCCAUUCGGGACAACUCGCAGGUGAACGCCGUCACGGUGCUCACACUCCUGGACAAGCUGGUGAACAUGCUAGAUGCCGUGCAGGACAACCAGCACAAGAUGGAACAGCGGCAGAUCAGCCUAGAGGGCUCUGUGAAGGGCAUCCAGAACGACCUCACCAAGCUCUCCAAGUACCAGGCCUCCACCAGCAACACGGUAAGCAAGCUCCUGGAGAAGUCCCGCAAGGUCAGCGCUCACACGCGCGCGGUCAAGGAGCGCAUGGAGAGGCAAUGCGCGCAGGUGAAGAGGCUGGAGAACAACCAUGCCCAGCUCCUCAGACGCAACCAUUUCAAAGUGCUCAUCUUCCAGGAUGAAAAUGAGAUCCCUGCCAGUGUGUUUGUGAAAGAACCAGCUUCCAAGCCAGUGGAAGGGAAGGACGACCUCGCUGAUGAAAACAAGUCCCUGGAGGAAACCUUGCACACGGUGGACCUCUCAUCCGAGGAUGAAUUGCCCCACGACGAAGAGGCCCUGGAAGACAGUGCAGAGGAAAAGAUGGAGGAAAGCAGGGCAGAAAAAAUAAAAAGAUCCAGCCUCCAAAAAGUGGAUAGCCUCAAGAAAGCAUUUUCUCGCCAGAACAUCGAGAAAAAGAUGAACAAGCUGGGGACGAAGAUUGUAUCUGCAGAGAGGAGAGAGAAGAUUAAGAAAUCUCUCGCUUCCAGUCAUCAGAAAAUAUCCUCAGGGAAAAGCUCCCCCUUCAAAGUCUCUCCCCUCACUUUUGGUCGAAAGAAAGUCCGAGAGGGAGAAAGCACGACAGAAAAUGAGACCAAGUCUGAAGACAUGCCUAGCAAUGACCAGAUGCUGAAUGAUCACGAGGAGAGCUCCUUCGCGGAGGGUCAUUCCGAAGCAUCCCUCACCAGCGACCUGGUGGAAGGGAAGGGAGCAGAGGGAGAUGCUGGGAGGGCGGCCUCCAGAGGGAGUAACUCUGGCAUGGACAGCAACGUGGACUUGGCUAUUGUGGAAGAUGAGGGAGAAGAGUCGGUGGCCCUGGAACAGGCACAGAAGGUGCGCUAUGAGGGAGGCUACGUGCUGGCCUCUGAGGACGCUGAGCAGUCAGAUGAAGAGCCGGUGAAGCCAGCUGUUCUCCAGGUGGACCAAACUGCCUAAACAGCACAGGCUGCUGUGCGGGUCCUGUGCCUUCACUUAGAUCAGGAACCAGGGCUUAGAACAAACUCCUGCACAUCAGCAUCUCCAGCACCAUCCACUCGCUACUUUGUUAUUGUCCAAGCAGUAAUCAUUUACUACAUAGCAGCAGCACACACGUGACCAAGAUUUACUGUGAAGGCAACCCGUCAGGGGCUCCCUUUUAAUUUGCUCUUAGGUUCUGUUUCUGUAGAAUUUCUCCAACAUUGCCCAGAAGAAGAAAUGGAGCAGUUAAAAAACGCUGACCAAUUUGGCUUAGUCAGAAAAACCAUAGGCUACUUAGGAUGCUAGUCAUGAAAUGUGAUUAAUUUUUUUGUCAUUCCAUAAGCUUGUAGGAUAGAGUACCAGUAAAAUAUUGAAUUUCCUCAGAACUCUGUGAAUCUAAGUGUGUGAUAUAUAAUAUACAAAUGUAUUUAAGCUAAAGAUGUAACUACUUUAUAUUUUAAGAAGAAAACAUUUUUUUAAAAGGUAAAAGAGGAAUUUCAGUUGGCCAUCCACUUAAUAGAAGCCAUCGUUUAUGAAAAUGAAGUAAAAAUUGAAAGAUUGUAAUAUUUAUCUAGUGCAGUAAGAUAUGUAGAAAAGUCAGGACUAUUGGGAAAAGGAAACUAAGGAGAUGUUGGAAAAUAAAAGAAACAGGAAGCAAUGCCAAUGAGAAUGAAGACAGAGAAAAAAGUAUGUGCUUGAAAUAGAAUAUUUACAAUAUUAGAUUAAGUAUUUCACUCCUUAAAUAACAAUACUAAAGACAUUCAUAUAUCUUAGAAUAAUGUCACGAUAUUUUUCUAACAUUUUCAAAUAAUAUAAAAAACACAAUUACUAUGUUAAAGCUGCAUUUUUCUUAAUAAAAGAUAUUACAAAUAUUUCUUUAAGGAAACUCAAAAGGAUGUCUCUUUAACAUUAGAAUGAACAUAAUUCUUCAAAAUUAAUUAAUACACACUGCCUUUUCUAAGAAGUUGGAUCAUACUAUUCUUUAAUGUUUUUCAAAUUCAAAAUAACCCUUAUACUCCAAAUGUAAGUUUAUAAGAUGUUAAAAUCAACAGAUUUGGGAAGGGAAGUCUGUUUUUCCUUUUUUAUACAUAAUGGUAAUUUUAUUCCAGGUCAUAUUUUAUUUAUAUAUUAAUUUCACAGAAUUUUAAUGUUUCUUAACUUUUUAAUGCAUGCUAGUGUUUAUGUAUAUGUGAACGUUUAUUUAGAUGAGGUAAUUUUUACUACUGCCUAACAUUAUACUAAAAUAUUGCUUCAUCUGUUUUAAUUAUGGAAUGCUACUAUUUUGAGGAAACUAUUAAACUAUACUUUAAAGACAGGUAGCAAGCAGCAAAUUCCCUAAAUUUAGUAUGUACCACUCAUUAUAAGUACCUUCACAAAUACAGGUAGUCCAAGACAGUAUUAACAAACUGCUUUGUCUUAUGAAAAGGAUAGGAUUAACCAAUGUGUCGAUGACAUAACUCUACAGCUAUGUCCUUAUUUUGCAGUAAUGUACCCCAAUAUUAGAUUGCUGAACUAACAGCAGCUAUGUUAAAGAAGACUAAAUAAACCUAAAUAAAAAGCA